CUCGCCCGCGCAGGCCGGAGUCGCGGCCUCCCCAGCUAGUGGUCGCGGGCGCGGGCGCAGGGGCAGCGGGGUGGCCGCCGUGCCAGGCGUGGAGCCGGGUCUGGCGGGCUCCGAGAGGCCCGGGAGCGGCGCGCAGAGCAGCCUCCGGCCGCCGCCGCGCAGAGCUGCCAGAGUGGCGUGCACUGCUUCUCCCAGCGGGGCAGGAUGGCGGUUUCAUGUCUGGUUGGAUAAGGCCUUGCCUGCGGAAACCAGCUCCAUCCCCAGGCCCGAGCAGAGGCUCGCGUGUCCCCGUCCCCAGGUCAGGUCAGGAUGGGCACCGUGCGCCCACCUCGCCCCUCGCUCCUGCUGGUCUCCACCCGGGAGUCUUGUCUCUUCCUCCUCUUCUGCCUGCACCUGGGCGCCGCCUGCCCGCAGCCCUGCCGGUGCCCUGACCACGCAGGGGCUGUGACUGUCUUCUGCAGCUUGCGGGGCCUUCAGGAGGUCCCCAAGGACAUCCCGGCCAACACCGUACUCCUGAAGCUCGAUGCCAACAAGAUCUCCCACCUCCCGGACGGGGCCUUCCAGCACCUGCACCGGCUCAGGGAGCUGGAUCUGUCUCACAACGCCAUCGAGGCCAUUGGCCCCGCCACCUUCGCGGGCCUGGCCGGGGGCCUGCGGCUGCUGGACCUGUCUUACAACCGCAUCCAGAGGAUCCCCAAGGACGCCCUGGGCAAACUCAGCGCCAAGAUACGCCUGUCCCACAACCCCCUGCACUGCGAGUGCGCCCUGCAGGAGGCCCUGUGGGAGCUGAAGCUGGACCCCGACUCUGUGGACGAGAUCGCCUGCCACACCUCAGUGCAGGAGGAGUUUGUGGGGAAGCCUCUGGUUCAGGCUCUGGAUGCGGGUGCCAGCCUCUGCAGCGUCCCCCACAGGACCACAGAUGUGGCCAUGCUGGUCACCAUGUUCGGCUGGUUCGCCAUGGUGAUCGCCUACGUCGUGUACUAUGUGCGCCACAACCAGGAGGAUGCCCGGAGGCACCUGGAGUACCUGAAGUCUCUGCCCAGCGCCCCCGCCUCCAAGGACCCCAUCGGCCCGGGGCCCUAGCACCUGUUCCGGCAGACCCCCGCCAGUGGCUGCUGUCACUUUUGUAGUAGGUAGUGACUGAUGCUGCUUUUGCUCUUCCCUGAGGCAGGUGUCACAGCCAUGUGUGCUCCCCACUGUUGCACUCAGGCACAGCAGCACCUCCAGGCUGGGUGGUUUUGCCACACAUCCGUGUGACGGAUGAGGAACCUGAAGCUUAGAGGAACAGAAUGACUGCCCGUGACGAUACCAUCAGGAAAUUAUCCCAGUGGAACUUCAACCCGGGCUGUCCAUCGUGACAUUCUGCCUCCUUCCACCAUGCCAGCCUCUCCCACAUGGGGCCCCGCAGGCUGUGGAUAUGCACUCAGAGGACUAAGGGGGUGCUCUGCAAGCGAGAGGGUUCACCAGAGGGAGCUUGGGUGCAGGUUCACCCGCUGAAGGCGCUGAUAAGUCCUGUGCUGAGGAGCUGACUUGCCCUUGUUUACUUACAAAGUGCAUUGUAGGUAAACAUGAGCCUUGUUCCAGUGUUCGAAGUACAUUGGAACGUGAGCCCUGUUUCCAGAGCAAAGUAACAGAGACCAGGUUUUUCUAGAGAGCUAAGUGGGAUGUGUAGCUCAAACAAACUGUCCUACCCUUUUUUAUUCUCAAAUGUUUGUUUUGAGUAACCGUAGUGCCAAAAUUUCAGUUCAGUAAUGGGGUGAACAAUAUGGAGAGAGACCUGGGAAAAGUCCAGGGUAGCUUGCCCAGGGGAAGACAGCAGCCACAUACCUGGGGGCCCGCCUGCUUCCUGCCCCUCUGGGUGUGCCUGGUGCGGGAGGCCCUGCCCCAGGGCGAUCUCAGCUCACUGCAACCUUUGCCUCCCAGGCUCAAUCACUUCUGCUGCCUCAGCCUCCCUAGUAGCUGGAAUUACAGGCAUGAGCCACCACGCCUGGCUAAUUUUUGUAUUUUCAGUAGAGACCGGGUUUCACCAUGUUGGCCAGGCUGGUCUCGAACUGUUGGCCUCAAGUGAUCCGCCCGCCUCAACCUCCCAAAGUGCUGGGAUUACAGGCGUGAGCCACCGCGCCCAGCCCUGUGCCUUGCUUUUUCUACUCACUAAGAUAUAAAACAGCUCUUUUUCCAAGGCCUGGAGUACUGGGGAUUGAUGUUUCAAGGCCAAUCAAUGGGGUGCUUCAUUUUCUCCAGCAACAGGAACUCUCUCUUUUCACCUUUGCUGCCAGGAAUCUCAGAGAUCAUUUAGUGCUCAAUUUACUAACCUUACUUCACAUUCAGGUUAGAUGUUACCUCCACCUAUAUGAUAGUAAUUCCUAAUUUUAUUUUUUAUUGUCCUUUUUAUGAGUGUUUAUAUUUUAAAGUACUUUGAGUAUUUUUGGGGUGGGUGUAAAUGAGUGAUCAGUGUACAUUGUGUGUGGACUGAAGUGUAGGUAUGUAGAGAUGCUUCGCCAAACAGAUGCUUAAAAAUGACUGGAAGUUGAGGGUGGUUUCUCUUUGGAAAUUAUCAGGUGACUUGGAAGGUGAGAGCCUGUCCAGGGUGUGUGCACUGGUUCUGAUGUACCCAGUGUGUGCAGUGUGAGUCACGGGGGUGUCUGUGUUGUGAGGUGCUUGGUAGGCUUUGCUCUGCCCACAGUGCAGACGCGGGGUGGGUGAGGGGCCAGGCCCAGUGUGUGAGUGGAGGCAGCCCCAGGCUCCGCCUGCUUCCCUCACGCCACGCUGCCUGAGUGUCGCCAUGCUCGGAGGACAGAGACCUCCACGGAAACUGGCAGCGCCACUCACCCUUCCAGUGAGAGCUAGAACCGAGUGCCAGCCCCUGAGGGUGCACCCGUGCUCUGUGGGGCCGCGUGGUCCUCGUCCAGGCAGGGCCAGCGUGUGGCGGGGUGUCCAGCUCCACUGUUUGGAGGAAGUGGGCGCUGACCCAGCAGAGUGCCCUGGGCCCGUGGGGAUUUCCUUCCAGAGGACACGUGGCUGAAAGCAUAGGAUAAGGAUGUGUGGGUGAAUGACUGGUGCCAUCCCUGGCUGUCUGAUAGAUGCAGGUAGGGCAGGUGAACUGUUGCUGGCCUGGCCAGCAGGCCUAGGGUCACAUGGUGAUUGGCAUCCUCCUGCCACCCCUUCUUCAUGCCAGGGUGCCUGUGGUGGGUUUGCCCAGCACGCAUGACCCCAGGUCCCAAGGAGAGUGUGAACUGAGGCCUGGGUGGUGAAGGCAGGGCCUCUCCUCAGCCCUGUGUCCUGUGGGUGCCGGCCAGUCCCAUCUCGCAUUUUGGGGUGCCCUUUCCCUGCUGCCAGGGGACUCUUCAUUUGUCCUUACCCUAGAAUCAGCCCAGACACUGGACAUCACCCAGACGUGGCCCUUCAGGAGGUGCACAGGGCAGGGGCAGGCCCGUCCCUCCCUGUCCCAAUUUGCUGGGCUGCCCCAGCCCAGGGUCUGGCCUUCUCCUUGGUGAAGGUCUGCUGGGCCCCUGUCCACCUCCUGCUGGGAGGAGGAGAUGGGGAGAGGACCAGGAGGACACUGGAGGCCCUGUCCCUUGCACUGUGAGCUCAGUCAGGUCCAUGAGCUGCCCACCGUCCUGGCCUUACUGUGCCCCCUGCCCCACCAACAUAGGUGAAAGCACCUCCCCUCUAAGGAAGACCAUAGAGACCCCAACACUGUGGGACCCCAACGCUCCUUCAUGCUCACUGGAGCUCCCACCCUGGGUGCUUGCAAGUCCUCAGCGCUCCCGGGGUACAGCCCUCCCCUUCCUGCCCUCUAAUGUCCUCCCCUCCCUUGCCCUCCCCUCCACUUCCUUUCUCUGCCGUCCCCUCCUCUCCCAUCUUGUGACCUCUUUACUGGCGGGGCCUGGAGCCCAUGAUGGACACUUGCGGAAGGAGGGGCGGCGGAGCACCCCUGAGAUGACAUCGCUGCCUGCCCCAGAGCGCCCUGCCUCUCCCUGUGACUCAGUUCUUUGCAGCCCAGAUGUGAGCAUGUGCACCCUGGGACCUGCUGCCCGUUGGGAUGCCCAGGCCAAAUCAGCCCCUCUGUCUCCAUGCUGCACUGAUUGCAAGAGUUUCCCACAUCUGCAGAGGCCGUGGGCUCAGCCCCACACCAGCCAGGCCACCAGUGUUGAUAGCGGUGAGGCGGGGACAAAGGGAAUGUCUCAGUUCACAGUGUGGACAUGGUGGAGGUCUCGGCCUUGCGAGACAAGGCAGGGGGAGGGGAUAGGAAAUUGGGGGUAUUCUGUGACUCCUGGGCGACCGGGGAGCCAGAAUCUUCCAGCCAGACUGGAUGGGCAGGGCUUAGCUUCCCCAUGCCGCCCAUUCACCACUUUCACCCCGGGAACCUACCUCAGGCUCAUGGGAGGCAGAGCCUGAACCCCAACCCAACCCUAACUCUAAUGCUAACCCCUAAACCAUCCCUCACCCUAACCCAAUCCUCGCCCUAACCCUAAUGCUAACCCCUGACCCGACCCAAUCCUAACCCUGAUGCUAACCCCUAACCCAACCCUCACCCUAACCCUGAUGCUAACCCCUAACCCAACCCUCACCCUAACCCUGAUGCUAACCCCUAACCCAACCCUCACCCUAACCCUGAUGCUAACCCCUAACCCAACCCUCACCCUAACCCUGAUGCUAACCCCUAACCCAACCCUCACCCUAACCCUGAUGCUAACCCCUGACCCAAUCCUCACCCUAACCCUGAUACUAACCCCUAACCUAACCCAACCCAGCCCUAACUCCAACUCUAAAGCUAACUCCUAACCCUAGGAGAGGAGCCCAGGCUGGGCCCUCCCCCUGCUGGUUUCCUGUUGGGCUUUGGAGCCCCAGAUGCCUGCCCAGAGGCUUCCUUGUGCGGGGUGGGGUCCAGCAGUGGGGGAUGGGCCCAGAGCUGGUGUAGCCACCAGCAGAGCCAUCCUGAUCCACAGGGCCAUCCCUGGUGGGGUGGGGCCCCCUGGGGCAGGAAGGCCACUGAGGCCAGGGAGACUCCCAGGCCCACUCACGGCGCAGACCCCACAGGAGCUGGCUGGAGGCUAUGGGUGCGGGGCGUGGGCCUGCCGGGGGUUGCGUGGCAGGCAGUGGGGAGUGGGUUGUGCUGGCAGCUGUGGGUGAGUGAGGAGGCUCCUCUCAUGAAGGGCCCUGGGGAAGUGGAAUCUGGCCCUGAGAGACCCCCGGCCUCCUCUGCAGGGGCUGCCGGCAGGAGGGGAACUGGGGACCACCUCCCGCCACAGAGCCUGGGGCCCCCAGCCUUGCCUACAGGGAGGGUAGAUGAGAGUGUUAAACUGCACAUGAGGUUGGGCUAAACCUGGACAUGUGUUUCAUAACCAAAGCAGCCAGGAAUCUCCGGCUCUGCCCAGUGAUCAUCUGGGCAGGACAUGGGGACGAGUGUCCAGGCUGAAGGCAGGGCCCGGCCAGCAAAGGGCCAUUUUGUAUUGAGCUCCACAGCUGGUCACAUUCUGUGGAAUGUGCAGAUGUGCACGGCCCAUCAGACAGGGUCUGGAGUGGGGCUGCCAUCUUGGGCAGCUCCUCCCGGGUGUCUGCAAAAUGCAGAGGUCACCAGAGCCAAGGCAGCAAGGCAAGGAGCCCGGCUUCUAAGGAACUCUGAGCAGGUGUGGUCCAUGGCUGGGAGGCAGCUGGCCCCACAGCACAUAGCACGGAGGGCGGCGCGGAGUCCUGGACGCUCUUGGCAGGUCCCCUCAUGGGGGAUGUGGGGGCUUGGCUUAGGCCUGGUCUGGCUGGCCUUCCUGGACCGCAGUGGCCAGGAGCUGAAAACCAUGACCCCAGUCUCCCUGCAGCUGUUCUUGAUGGGAUUUCUGUUCGCCAGUCAGAUGCAUUUGCACGGGACUUGGAUCCUGAACUGUGUAACCUGGAGAGGCAGGUGUGAGCGGGCCAUGCUGCUGGCCCAGCCUGUGCCGGUGUCUGUUUCUGUUGUCUCUCGGCCCUUCUGUGAGCCCUCAGUAAAGCUCUUCGUGCUUCAGUCA